UUUUCUGCCCGCGUGGAUUCAGUGUUCAGUCGUUUGGUAACUGUUGCUCCUAUCAGUCGCUCUCUGUCGCUCUUGGAUUGCGUGGGCAUAUCGGUCUUUCGGCUUUUUUCAGUUCGGCAUUUCGGUAUUUCGUAUUUCGUGAUUCGAUUCGAAUCGGGUCGGAAUCGGGUGCGUCAGCCGGCCAUUGAGGCACUAUCACAGCCAAAGGCAUUUGCCCCACAACGCGACCGUGUGUGUUCAUUACUGUGGCAUCAUCUUCGAUUAGCACAAACCUGCCGAUCGAAUACAUCCACUAAACCAAUUCACAAUACCAUCGGGAAAAGAAAAACAAAACACACUGCACACCCCAAACAAACACACACCCACACACACGUCUCAUAAAAAAAAUAAACCAGAGCCCCAGCGGCUGUAAAGUGCCACCGAAAAGUACUUGGCUGUAUAUUUUAUGCAUGAAAAGCUAAGGCAAGUGCAACCUUACGCCCCAGUGACAUCAACAAAAAAGAUACACGAAUAAGGAAACUCCAAAAAAAUAAGCCCGGGAUUACCGCACACAUACAGAGGCACAGAUAAAGAACCAAAUACCAAGGAAGCCAAAGGAAGUCAGCAGCGGAAUCAUGUCACGGAUCGUUUUUAUAUGUCUCGCAGCCAUCUUAACAGAUGCGCUCGCCUGGGCCCAGGUGAAUGUGGAACCCAACACAGCGCUCCUCAACCAGAAUGAUCGCACCGAACUGCUCUGCCGCUACGGAAAGGCCAUCAACUACUGCCGCAUUGAGAUCCCCGGGGAGCAGAAGGUCCUCAACCUGUCACCGGAGUGGAACAAGACCCCCGGCUUCACGUACCACGGAGCGGGUCUCACGGCCGGACAGUGCGGCGUCAGCAUCGAGAGGGUCAAGGCCAGCAACAACGGCCAGGUCAAGUGCAGUCUGGGCGUCGAGGGGGAGGAGCUCACGGGCACCAUCGACCUGGUGGUGGCAAUGCGUCCCCAGCAGCCCAUCAUCGAGCUGUUGUCGAAGCCAAACCGCGAGGGCUACUUCAACGAGGGAACCGAGUUCAGGGCCCGCUGCAGCGUUCGCGAUGGUCGUCCGCCGGCGAACAUCUCGUGGUACAUCGACAGCAUGCCGGCCAACAAGCGCACCACUCCCCUGGAGAUCAUGUCCUCGACCAGCGACAACGUGGAACUCUCGACCUCGGUGCAGGAAAUCCAAUGGCACCUGUCGGCAGAGGACAGCAACCGGAAGCUGGUCUGCCGCUCGCACCACCAAACUGAUCGCGAGAGCAUUCCCCCCCAGGAAGCUGCCUACAUCAUCAACGUCCGAUACGCCCCCGUCCACCAGCCGGAUGCCGCUGUGUACGGACUUUACCUGGAGCACACUGCCAUCGUGAACAUCACCAUCCGCGCCAGUCCGCAGCCCAAGAUCGAGUGGACCAUCGAUGGAGCAAUUGUGGGCCAGGGCCGCACCGACGGACGCUACUCGGCCUACGAGCCCCAGUACAUGGGCAACGACGAGUACAACGUGACUCUGGCCAUCGCCGGUCUGACUCUGGAGGACACCACGAAAACCUACAAUCUGAGGGCCAGCAACGAGCUGGGCUUGACGGACUACCAGGUGCGCAUCAGCUCGUCGAGCAAACCGCCCAGCAGCAGCCUGGAUGUGGCCGCAAUUGUUGGCAUUGUGGUGGCCGUUGCCGUUCUGGUCCUGGUCGUUCUGCUAAUUGUGUUUGCACGAGCCACUGGCCGGUGGUGUUUUGGCGGCAAAUCCAUCAAGACGCCCACAAACGAAACUCAGAUCGACAAGCAGCUGGAGUUGGGAGCCCAGCAAAGCCACGGUCAGAACGUGGCCCUCUUGGAGACCCCCAAUGGCAUUACCUUGUUGGGCGCCAGCAAGGUGCGCGAGGCCAAUGGAAACGGCCAGGAUCGCAUGUCGGUCGAAAGACGCCAUCACGACGAGGACGACAGCUUCGAAUAUGGCACGGACCGCGAGAGCAGUGUCUAUAACCCCACCACAAGACCCCUGAAGAGCAUUCUGAUGAGUCAGGCGGCAGGCCGCAAUUCCCGCAGCUCGGCGAGCGACAAGGAAGACGGCAGUGAGCAUGCUGACCUCCUGCAGAAGGGCAAUCAGCUGGGCAUUCCCGAGUCGCGCUUCUCGCGCUGGCUGCCCAAGGAUCAGCGCGAGCUGAUCGAAAAGCAGGCGAUGCUACUCUCGGGAAGGGGCAAGUCCACGGCCCCGGGCCCGGCCACUCCCCCCAAGCCCCAGAGGCCCCAAAACGGAGAGGCAAAUACCACGAGUCCCAUUGCCACCGCAAAUACGACGACGACAACUCCGACGACGCCAAAGUUGCCACAGGAAACGGAAAUCUGAGAGUGUGCACGUGUGUGUGUGCGCGUGUGGCAUUCAUAUUUAUUUAUUUCUUCUUUUUGGGUACAGGAAACGCGCAGCAGGAUUAGGGAUGGAGCAGUUUUAGGGGCCCUAAGUGAACUCUGUUUGCUGCACCUUCGUUUUUUAUAUAUAUUAGAGUGCCUUUCUCUUGAGAACCCUGAUAAACAUAGACUAAAUACCGGUAGAAGCAUAUUUAAAAUUUCACUGCACUUUUACUUGAAAAGCACCCAAAAGUAUGCUUUGAAAAUGUUGGCUUCGAGUCCUGAACUUGAGAUAAUUCCUUGUGGGAUUUAUAACUACAAAACUUUAAAUAUAUGUCAGAAUAUUUAUAAAUUUAAUAACUAAAAGCAGUGAGCUCACUUUCUUAACUUAAAUGAUUCUGAGAAGAUUUUAAGUCGCCAGAUAAUUCUCAAGAUAGGGACUCUUAAAAACUAGGUGAACCCGUUGCAAAACUGACUCCAAACUAGGCUCUAAGCUUGUAUUAACUCAUAAACGUUGCUUCUUCUACAAAACAGAAACAAAAACAUCAAAACCUAUAAAUAAAUACACAAACUUAUUUAUUUCAUAGAAUUUAAAGCUGGCAUGAAAUUAAGUUUUUAUCGAAUACAUAAAUCGAAAGAGUUUGCAUGGCAAGCAUGAAGCAACCAUUCUUUGAUAUACAAAAAUAAUUAUUGUAGUCACUGUAGAACAAGGUCAUCAUCAAAGUGUUCAACUUAAGCCGCACACACUGUACUUUAAGAGCGAAAAGAAACUUACUCUUAUUUCGAUGAUUAAAAUUAAAACCUAGUAAUUAAAACCGAAACGAUAGGAACUUUUGAUACAUGUUUUUUCCUUCAAUAUUUUUUACAAUACCUAUGUUUAAUGAUUAAUUAACAACAAUAAAUAUUGUUAAAACAGA